GCGGGGCGGCCCGGGCCGCCGAGAGCCGUCCGUCGGCAGCGUGAGCGUCCCGGAAGGUUGGUUCCCCUGCCGGGCGCGCGGGGGCCCAGUCGGCGGCGGGAGCGGGCCGCAGGGAGGCCACGCGCUCAGGCCCGGAACCCGGACCGCAUGAGUGUGCGGGUUCGCGGCGCGGCCGGCGGGAGAGCGACGUCGAGCCGCUGGGGAGUUGAGACUGGAAAGCCAGAAACCUUAGGAUGAGAGAGGGGCCCUUACUGUGCACAAGGUUUUAAUUUGUUCUAUCCAGCUAUUCAGCGGAUUUUGAGCAAAAAAUGAUUCUCUGACCUGCACCGUGAUUUUGGCUUGAUGUGAAAAGAUUAAGAAAUUAUGAGUCGAGGAUCUCAAGUUCACAUUUUCUGGGGCGCUCCAGUUGCUCCUCUGAAAAUGACGAUAUCACAGGGAACAGCUUCCUUAAUGUCCACUGCCAAUUCCUGGGAACAAAUCCAGCUUUUUUGCAGACAACAGUCUCUAGAUCUGAAGGCUGAAAACCAGGAGCUUAAAAAUGUGAAAGACUACCAAGUCCCAGAAGCUGUUGGCCCUCCAGAUCUCCUCAGUGGUCACCUUUUAACAACUUGUGUGGAUGGGCCUGCGCAGGUGGAAGAUGGCUGCGUCUCUUCUGAAGCACAUAGUGUAAAGUCCCAGAAGAUCAACCCCUCAGGUCGGAGUGAUACGACUGAUGCGCAAAUAUGUGAAUUUAAGGACGGAGGUCAGCGUUUACCUGAAGAAGAAAAAAAUCAAAAGCUUCAGUGUGAAAAUAAGAAGAAAGAUGAGCAAUCUAAAAAUCAGCUCAACACCUGCGUUCAGAACUUUCAAGCGGAUUUGUUUCCGUUAGAUCAUAAAUGUGCCGCUGAAUUGGAUUUGGGCUGUAGUACUGGGCAGACUAAUAUAGGACCAGAAACUGUGAGAACAAGUCCUGUGCUGCCCGAACGUGAAAGACAGAUUCAGGAGAUCUUUUCCUCUGGCACAAGAUGUGAGCCAGAGUCUCAGGGAACAGGUGGGAAGACUUUAGACCAGAAAAUAUCUACUGACACUGAAUUUCUCAGUAUAAUGACCUCCAGCCAGCGUGCUUUUCUAACUCAAGGGGAUAAUAAAGGGCAGGAUUAUGUAAAUAAAGGCACUAUAAACAUGGAGAUGGAGCCUACAGGAAGUCCAGAAGGAAUACGGGCUGAAGAUAAUCUUGUUAAGCCCAGUGCAGAUUCUGAAGAAGGAUCUGGAAGUGAGCCAAGCCAGGUGUAUUCCUUGGAACUUUUUAGUCCUGUUUGUCCCGAAUCAGAAAGCAGCCACAUUCACAGAAACCCUAGAAAAAGCCUUGAAGACAAUAUAAGCUCGAAAGAUCUUUUCAGCAAUGAAGCAAACCUGCCACCAAAUGAGGUUUGCAUUGAGUGGUGUAACUCAGGGAUACUGUGUUCCCAACUAAGUACCUUCCACCUAAGUGCUGCUAAAAGAGGCUGGUCCUCUAACGAAAGUUCCCAUCAUUCUAAAGCUCUUUUGGAAGCCCAUCAAGUGUCCAAGAAACCAAGGAUGGAUUCUAAAACAGGAGAGUUAGCCACAGCAGUGCCCCAGAGGACCAUGUCUGAAUGCAAGGCCAUCAGAAAAAUAUCAUUAAUAAAAAAUUGUGACUCUAAAAGUCAGAAGUAUAACUGCUUAGCUAUGGUACUGAACACAUACCAUGUGAAGGAAAUAAGCAUAAAAUCUGGACCAAAUUCUGGUUCUAAAGUGCCAUUAGCAACAGUUGUUGUAAUCGAUCAGUCAGAAAUGAAGAAAAGAGUUGUUCUGUGGAGGACUGCUGCAUUCUGGGCACUUACAGUGUUUCUUGGGGAUAUAAUUUUGCUUACAGAUGUUACUGUUUAUGAGGACCAAUGGAUUGGUGAGACAGUACUCCAAUCAACAUAUACCAGUCAGUUAUUAAAUCUUGGAAGUUAUUCUCAUGUCCGGCCUGAAAAAUAUUCCAAUAUAGUUGCCAGUUUUAUACUUCAGGACUUACUGGCAUAUGUGUCUUCAAAACAUUCCUACCUCAAAGAUUUGCCUCAGAGGCAGCAUCAGAAAAUGAACACCGUAGAGUUUGUGGAAUUGGAGCAGCUGCAGCCUGAUAUCUUAGUCCAUGCGGUACUCAGAGUAGUGGAUGUCACUGUAUUGACAGAGGCAUUAUAUAGUUAUAGAGGACAGAAGCAAAGGAAAAUUCUGUUAACUGUGGAACAGGUUCAAGGUCAACAUUAUGUGCUUGUAUUAUGGGGUCCUGGAGCAGCCUGGUAUACUCAGCUUCAAAGGAAAAAAGAUUGUAUUUGGGAAUUUAAGUACCUUUUCGUCCAACGCAAUUGCAUAUUAGAAAACUUAGAGCUGCAUACAACACCGUGGUCAUCCUGUGAAUGCCUCUUUGAUGAUGAUACAAGAGCAAUUUCAUUUAAAGCAAAAUUUCAAAAAAAUAUACCCUCCUAUGUCAAGACAUCAGACUUAGCAACUCACCUAAAGGAUAAGUAUUCAGGAGUGGUUCUGAUUAAAGCCAAGGUUGCAGAGCUGGUGUUUCCUGUCACAGCAGCUCAGAAGAUAGCUCUAAAUGCUCGAAGUUCUCUGAAGCGCAUCUUCUCUUCCCUUCCCAACAUGACAUACGCUGGCUGUGCACAGUGUGGGGCAGCACUGGGAACGGAUGAGAACAGGAUCUACAGACAGUGUCUGAGCUGCUUGCCGUUUGCUGGGAAGAAGACAUUCUAUAGGCCGGCCUUAAUGACCAUCGUUGAUGGAAGACAUAGUGCUUGUGUUCAUGUGGGGUCAAAGAUGGUGGAGCGGAUUCUUCUCGGCAUCUCUCCAGAUUGCCUCAGCAGAGUGAUAGUACCUUCCUCGGAAGUCACCUACGGCAUGGUCGCAGCGGACUUGCUCCACGCCUUGCUGGCAGUCAGUGCAGAGCCUUGUGUGUUGAAGAUUCAGAGCCGUUUUGAGUUGGAUGAAAACAGCUACCCAUUGCAACAGGAUUUCUCCCUGCUAGACUUCUGUCCUGAUUCAUGUAGGAUGUGGAGCCCGGGACUUUCUCUGAGGUCAGAGGAGGACACAGGCAGCAUUCCAAUGAAGGACUAAUGAAAUAAUCUGCCAUUUAAUGAUUUAUUUAUUUUCUUACAUGUUUAUGAGUUUUGCCUGUGUAUGUCUGUGUACCAUGUGUGUGUCUGGUGCCCACAGAGGCCAGGAGAGUGUGCCAGAUCCCUGGGACUAGAGUGAUACAUGGUUGUGAGUUGUCAUAUGGAUUUUGAGAAAUUGCUCUUAACUGCUGAGCCAUCCAACCCUGUGAUCUGUGUUUUGAAAUUAAUGAAAUGACAGGGAUUUUGCUUAGAGUUUUUAAAAUAAAUAUUUUAUUAGCAUAAUAUAAUUGUGCUAACUAUGUAGGUUAAUUCUUAAAAAGAGAAUUCUGUAAAACUUUUAUUAUUUGCUUUUUUGUUGGUAUUCUUUUUAUUCUGGAGAAAUGAUCUAACAAUAAAGGCAGUAUAUCACA